CUGCUCCUAGCGCAGCCCCGGAGCUGUCUCUAACCUCGAGUGUCUGCAACACUUUGCAAGGACACCGAAGAGGAGGCACGUCAGCGCUCCGACUUCCUCCCGACGCCGCCUCUGAUUGGCUCCUGGGCGUGUAAGAAACCGGUGAAUGAGCCGCUGACCCUUACAGAAACUUGCUGGAGGUCUUUGCGUGGCCCAGACCUUUCCUCCGCGUCCACCCGCCGGUAAGCCGAGCCGCGGGAGGAUGAGGUCGUCCUGUGUCCUGCUCACCGCCCUGGUGGCGCUGGCCGCCUAUUACAUCUACAUCCCCCUGCCCAGCUCUGUGUCCGAUCCCUGGAAGCUGAUGCUGCUGGACGCGACUUUCCGGAGCGCACAGCAAGUGAGCAACCUGAUACACAAUCUGGGCCUGAGCCAUCACCUGCUCGCACUGAAUUUUAUCAUCGUUAUUUUUGGCAAGAAAAGCGCGUGGUCAUCCGCUCAGGUGAAGGUGACCGACACUGACUUUGACGGUGUGGAAGUCAGAGUGUUUGAGGGCUCCCCAAAGCCAGAAGAGCCUUUGAGACGCAGCAUUGUUUACAUCCACGGAGGAGGCUGGGCUUUGGCCAGUGCAAAAAUCCGGUAUUAUGAUGAACUGUGUACAGCAAUGGCUGAAGAACUGAAUGCUGUCAUUAUCUCCAUUGAAUACAGGCUAGUUCCAAAAGUUUAUUUUCCUGCACAAAUUCACGAUGUUGUGCGUGCCACGAAGUAUUUCCUGCAGCCGGAAGUCUUACACAAGUAUUCGGUUGACCCAGACAGAAUUGGCAUCUCUGGUGACAGUGCUGGUGGGAAUUUGGCCGCUGCUCUGGGCCAGCAGUUUACUCAAGAUGCCAACCUCAAAAACAAGCUCAAGGUGCAAGCUUUAAUUUACCCGGUUCUUCAGGCUUUAGAUUUUAACACACCCUCUUAUCAGCAAAAUGUGAACACACCAAUCCUGCCCCGUUAUGUCAUGGUGAAGUACUGGGUGGACUACUUCCAAGGCAACUAUGACUUUGUCCAGGCAAUGAUAGUUAACAACCACACUUCACUUGACGUGGAAGAGGCGGUUGCCCUCAGGGCCCGUCUAAACUGGACGUCCCUCUUGCCUGCCUCCAUCACAAAGGACUACAAGCCUGUCAUGCAGACCACUGGCGAUGCCAGGAUUGUGCAGGAGAUCCCUCAGCUGCUGGAUGCCCGGGCAGCCCCACUCAUUGCAGAGCAGGAAGUCCUGCGGCACCUCCCAAAGACCUAUAUUCUGACGUGUGAGCAUGACGUCCUAAGAGAUGAUGGGAUCAUGUAUGCCAAGCGUCUGGAGAGUGCAGGUGUGCAGGUGACCCUAGAUCACUUUGAGGAUGGUUUCCACGGCUGCAUGAUUUUCACCAGCUGGCCCACCAACUUCUCAGUCGGAAUCCGGACUAGGGAUAGUUACAUCAAGUGGCUGGAUCAAAACCUGUAAACAAGUAACAUUUCUAGAAUGCUUGAGCCCCUCUUGACCUCCUGCACUUGCUUUGGAAAGAGAUGCACUUUUUAAUUGACUGAUUUCCCCUUGUGACUUCUGAGUGAUGGAAUCUCUAUUCCUUGCAUACCUUAUGUUAAUUUAAUUUUGGGAAAUGCAUUUGACUAACCUCCAUACAAAAUGUCUGAAGCUGGUUCUCAAGAUGGGCCAGUGUCUGUUCUUUUUGUUUUAGCCCAACUGCUACCAUUACUCACGGCUGCAGAGAGCAGGAUGAGGAGCCGAAAUAGCUUUGGGUUCUGUCUUCAUCAAGAAAUUCUUUCUAGAAGAAAUUCUUCCAGCUGUGGAUGACAUAGUGACCCUUAAUGAGUAAAGAAAAUGUGGGCUCUUCUUCAACUUGCUAGGGUUUGCUUUAAAUUCAGAGCAGUGUUAACUUGUGUGCACGUAAAGGCCAGUGCUGGGGUUCCAGCAAGGACAAGUUUCUCAAAUGACUUUCUUCCUUUAGAGCGUGAGAGUUAUCUGUAAGUCCAGUUGGAUUAGAAUGAGACUUGAAAGUUGCUUUUUACCACUAUUAUUAGAAAAUAGAGAGUCACAUGGACUGGAUAUCUUUACAUUGUUAAGUGUUUUGGUUAGCUGUCUCCGUGGGGGUGAUCUUCUGGGAGCAAAUUCAUUUAGAUGUAGGAUAAAUUUUUCAUUACAGAACAAGUAAAACAGACAAAUGAACCAACCUAUUUAUUUUCGUAAUGAAUAUUUCUGACAUAAAUUACCAAGAGCAGUGUGUAAUAUAUUCGGCAUAGUCAGAAAAGAAGAUACGUUUAAUACUGAAAUUAUGAAAAAUACCUUUAGAGGGUCUAGUUUAUUCUUAAAAACUCAAUUUUUUCACUUACAUGGCUUUAAAAUGAGGCUAUUUUGGUAUAUAUAAUGUAUUGUUUAUUUUUUAAGUUAUUUAAUGUUAAUAUAUGCAGCUAGACUUAAGAUUUUUCAGAAUAACGUCUAUAAUGAAUAUUAAAAAUCAUAUUUUUUAAAAAACUACCUUAGAAUUAUAUCCACGUGUAAUUUUAUGGAAAGAGGUAAAGUAGCUAUUAAUAUUUCUGCACAUUAGGCUUAAAUAUUUUGAUGUUUAUAAGCAAUCACAAAUUAAAAUAAUUAGAAACUAUGACUACACCUGGUGUAGUCGUCUAAGUUUAUAGUUCAGUAACUUAGGUAAGACACACACUGCUCAUUUCUGCCCUCUAUGGUCAGAGGAACGCUAACUCAUAUUCUCCUGGGUGACGCAUACAUCUGCACCUGGUGCCUUCACCUCUUUUUAUCUCCUUCCAGCCUGGUCUCGAAUUUACGAUAGCCCAACCUUGACUUCAUGUAAAGCCUUCACCGCCAGUGGGAACAUCUUCGGAAUUGCAAGGGACUCCAGUUCUGGGUUGAGUACCUCUGCCCUCCUUCCUGCCAUUCUGACCAUGCUCCCCCUGCCCCCGACCCCCUGCCCUUUGCAGGGGUUGCAGAAGGGAGCAGGACAGCAGGUCAUGAUAUGGCCCAUCCAUCAAUGGACAGGAUGGAGAGGAAGUGAAACCUUUUUGCUUGUUUGAAAGGGGGGCACUUCCCACUUCUGCAAUGAAAUCAGUGAAAAUGUGCACCCUUAUUUUUCAUUUAUUAUACAAGCCAGUAGCAUUUUAUGUAAAAAUAUGUGUGUAUGCAUGUGUGCCUGUGUAUGUCUAAAAAAUAAUCAUGCAGAUUAACAUGCUAAUGGACGGAGACAAGUCAUUGACCAUUUCUGGGCCUUUUCCCCCUUCCCUCUAAAAUCAGUGAUUUGAAUUAAUCUAUGAGGUCUCUUCCAACUGUAAAUUCCAACCAUUUUGUCAGACUGGAAAAUUGUAUUGGCUUCUUCUCCAGUGGUUUUUUUUGUUUGUUUGUUUGUUUUCUAUGGGUUUUUUUGCAGGUCAUUUUUUCAUAUACAUAGACACAAAUCUCAUCAAAGAUUUUGUUUUUCUAAAAAACCAGGAUUUUGGUUCUUACUCUUUGACAGCUACUCUCCUCUUUUAGUACUAUUGGGUUUUUUUAAUACCGUUUGAAGGGACCAAUGUCUGGGCCUUAGUUUGAGGUUAUCUACCUCUAGAAAGCAAGGAAAAUAUACAUGCAAAGAGUUUCUUAAAAUGGCAUAUUUUCGCCCAGAAUUAUGAGCCAAAUGUUAUAGUAAUUACAGACAACAAAUGAUUCUAGAUCUUUAAAGGGUUCUCUUGGAUGAGAAGGGAGUGAAAGAAAAAGGGCCAACUACUGUUCCGAACGAAACACUUGAGUUUCAUUAAAGCUUUUUUUGUGUGUGAAUAAUUUGUCUAAUGACUUAAACUGGAUCCCACCUCAAACCUUGCUUGAAGUUCUUUCUUUUUUUUUUAAAGAUUUUUAUUUAUUUAUUUAUUUGAGAGAGAGAGAGAAUGAGAGAGAGAGAGCACGAGAGGGAAGAGGGUCUGAGGGAGAAGCAGACUCCCCGCCGAGCAGGGAGCCUGAUGCGGGACUUGAUCCCGGGACUCCAGGAUCAUGACCUGAGCCGAAGGCAGUCACUUAACCAACUGAGCCACCCAGGCGCCCUUGAAGUUCUUUCUUGAAAUUCUCCCUGGAAUAAUAACAGUUGGGAUCAGGAUACACAAAAACCAGUAGGUACAAGAGAGGUUAAACCAACCAAAAAUCUGAGUGCUAAGAACUCCUUCGGGACGCCUACAGAGUUUAUGGUGAAGAUAUCUUAGUUUGGGUGAAUUCGCUGUCUUUUAAUUUUUGUUCUUAUAUUAAAAAGUUUAUGCUCCGCAGAUUGAUUUUAUAGUAUGAUGGCUUUGUUUUGUUUUCUUAUUUUAUGGAAAAGUUGAUAGUCUUUUUGUAGUAUUGUUGUUUGUGAAAUAUGAACAUAAAUAUAUGAAGAAAAAAACCUUGAAGUGCUGCGAAUAUCGUGGAGUGUAAAUUAGUCUUAAUGUUUUAUCAUUAAUUUGUGAAGAAUUUGAGACUAUUGUAUAAUUAUCUUGUUGGCUAUGAUAUUUUAUGCAUGACCUCUUAACCUUUGACUUUUUGCUUAUUUCCCACUGCCAAGAGGAAGGCAGAUUUUUAUGAAGGAUUUUGGGUAGCAAAUCUAUUUUAUAAGAUGAAAAUCCACAGUGGAGGCAGGAAAGUCUGUAUCUGUUUCGACUCAAGUUUAGAAAUAAAAUGGCUCCAUCUGGGAA